AUGGCAGCGAUUUCUGGCAAUGAGCUGCAGGUUGCUUGGCAGAAGGUUAAGGCUAUGACAAGUCUUCCCGAGCCUCCUGAGCCCAAACUUCCCUCAUUCGGGCCGAAGGUGUCCAUGAAUAGCAAGCUGCACACUUUUCAAAAUGUCAUUACCUCGCUUGAAUACAAUUAUACCGGAACUCUUUACUUUGAUGUCAACAAGAAUCGCAGUUUUAAGAGUAUUGCGAGCACAGCAAAAGAAAUUCUCAGGGAAGGUCUACCUAUUCAAUGUCUCGAGGCGGUCUUUUUGGCAGCCUACCUGACUGCGGGAAUCAAGAAACUUGAUCGAUUCCCUGUCAGCUUUAAAACAACAGCUGGCGCAACAACGCAUCGCCACAUUGUCCUGGGCAUUCAACACCAACAGCGAAAAUGGGGAGCGUUGGGUUUGAGCCGGUGCGAUAAACUCAUGGACAAGGAUCUGAAAUUUGACACUUUAGGUGAUUUAAUUCUCGAGUACUGUCACGAAUUUGAGAAUGUUUACCACCAGGUUUUAAAGGUUAACAUUGGAUUUCCUUUAACCCACGAUAUUCAUUCGUCCGAGCGAGUCGAGUGGCGGGUCUUUAAUAUUCAAGUUUACGGCAACAGUUGGACGGAAGUGUCGAAGCAGUUGGAUGGCUUUGGAAAGGAUGCAGCAGAAAUAUACAAUUUCAAGAAGUCUACAGGGACAGUUCACAUCGUUAUAACACCAAUCGAAAUAAUUAUCAAGAAGCCGAUUUCUAGCAAUGCGCCGGCUCCACCAACAAAUAUUUUUCUUCAAAAUACGUCGCCAACUCCGCUUUCAAUCAAGAUCGAGGAUAAGUCGGGCUUUCUUGAAAUUGUCACCAAAUUGCAGCCAAACUUGCUGCUAGAAAAAAGUUGUCAAACAGAUAAAUGUGGGCAGUCGUCAUCAACAUUUUAUUUGUCGGCUGGAGGCAUGAUUGUUGUGGCACUGAAGUUCAACGGGAACAAGCGUACUUCGUCAUUGAUAGAACCUAUUCAAACGAAGCUGAUCAAGAAAGGAGGGAGAGAAAUUCAAGGAAGUGAUAUGUCUUUCGAUGGCAAUUAUGUCUUGUUCAGUUGCAAGCCAAUGAUUUGUUCGUUUGGGGGCAGGUUGGAAGUAUUAUCUGACGCAGAAACUGUCACACUGGAAAGACCCUUCUUUCUGAAAGAAAUCUAG